AUGGUUAACCUUGCUUCCUCGUUACAAGGCUUAUGGGCGAUCGGUGACAACUUUAACGCUGUCGUUUCUGUUGAUGAAAGAAGUGGUAGAAGGCAGCCACCCACUCGUAGUUCUGAGGAGUUUGAGGAGGCUAUUGAUAAGGCUAACCUCUUCGACGCGAGUUUCUUUGGCACCAGAUUCACGUGGUGCAAUAACCAAGCGGGCGUGGCUAGAUCUUGGGCAAGACUAGAUCGGGUUCUCAUCAAUGCCUCUCUUCUAGUAGCCCUUCCUUCCUUCUCAAUUCAUCACUUACAGCGGGAAUGUGGUGCUGCCCACCCCAUGUUCAAUUUUCUGCUCAAGUUGAAGGCCGUGAAAAGAUCCCUCAAGUGCUGGAAUAGAGACAGCUUUGGCAACAUUUUCCAACAAAUCAAAGCGGCCGAAUCCAUGCUUUGCGCGCUCGAAUCCCAACUGCAAUUUGACUCUCAUCAAUCCUCCUCUCCUGCUGACUACCGGGCCUCCUUUGAGUGGACUAUGACAAAGCUUAAGGAGCUUGAAUUGAAAGAGGAAAUUUAUUGGAAACAAAAGGUUAGGAUUAAUUGGAUGGAUGAAGGAGACCACAACACAAAGAUGUUCCACGCCUCCGUAAUUGAACAUUAG